GACUUCUCUCCCGGUUGCACCGGAGGCCCAGGAAAACCAACGCCGCCACUCGCCUCGCCGACACGGCACGGCCUCCGUCCGACUUGCUCGUCCGAUAACACGCCGGCGUCCUCCUCCUAUAUAAAGUUAACCACCGCCGUCCUCUGCGAGGCAUCUCCUCUCUUCCUUCGUCUUCCUCCCCAGUUCUCGUUCUUGCCCCCGCAAGCCCAACAAUCUCCCAAGAAAAAGAAAACAAAUCCAUCAUCAUUGCCCUCCACCUCACAUCCUCUUCGCCUCCGCCCGCCCGCCCGCCCUCCAUGUCGUACCUGGCAACCGCCACUCCCGUCCCCUGGUGGCCUUACGCGGCAAUGGCGCCUGCGGACCUCCUCGCCGGGACCCCUGCCUCCGGCGCUCCAGAGGCCCAAACCCUACCAGUCCUGCUGCCCCAGCCCCCGCCGCCGCCCGCGGGGUACCCUCCCCUUCCUCCCCGGCCCCCGAUCAUCUUCCGACCCCACCCCGCCUUCCUCGCCGAAUUGGACCACCGCCGCAGCCGUUCCCUCGUCAAGCUCUUGAAGGAUGAGGGGGCCGUCCCGUCGCCCAAGGAUGACAAGAAGAGGGAGCAGGUGAUCCGAGAGCUCAAGAAGAUAGUGAUGCAUUGGGCGAAGGUGCUGGCGUAUGAGCAGAGUGUGCCCCCGAGGCUAGCGACCGCUACUGUCUUGACAUAUGGAUCCUACACGUUAGGGGCUCAUGGAUCUGAAUCUGACAUUGAUGCACUUUGUGUUGGGCCUUGUAUCGCAACGUUGCAGUACCAUUUCUUUGUUGUUCUGAGACAAAUUCUUGAGGGCAGGCCAGAAGUAUCAGAGGUGCAGACUGUUGAAAGUGCUAAGGUUCCCUUGAUGCGCUUUAGAUUCGAUGGGAUUGCAGUUGAUCUCACAUAUGCCCAUCUCCCAGCUAUUGAUGCAUCAAAGGCUAUAAAUACAUUUAGCCCUCAAUUGCUACAGAAAAUUGACGCAAGGAGCUGGAGGAGUUUAUCUGGAGUUCGUGUUAAUGAACAAAUUGUUCAGAUAGUACCAAAAGCUGAGAACUUUCAAGUUUUGUUGAGAUGUGUCAAACUAUGGGCUAGAAAGAGAGGACUUCAUUGUCAUCAUCUUGGCUUCUUUGCUGGGAUUCAUUUAGCCAUCCUUGCGGCUUAUGUUUGUCAGAGAUAUCCGGAUGCCAGUGGCAAUGGUUUGUUCACAGUGUUCUUUCAGACUUUCGCUCACUGGCCUUGGCAAGUUCCAGUAAGUCUGCAUGAUCAGCCAACUAAUUGCCUGCGUUCAGAGGGGCAGCUCAUGCCCAUAGUGAUGCCUUGUACUCCACCAGAGUUUUGUGUGUCCAAUGUGACAAAAAGCACCUUCAAUAAGAUAAGACAGGAGCUUAUGCGUGGUUAUGCUUUGACCAAGGAUCCAUUGAGGCAUGAUUUUGAGUUGGCUUGGCUUUUUGAACCCUUUCCAUACGCUGCAAUGUAUCAACAUUUUCUUCGCAUUGCUUUAUGUGCCCCAACGUCUGCAGAGCUACGUGACUGGGCUGGAUGGGUGAAAUCCCGCUUCCGCCACCUGAUUCUGAAGCUGGAAAAGAUUGGCUUUGAGUGUGACCCGUGCCCCUCCGAGGAAGUUGAUCAUACAGUCAUCGAGCUUAACAUUGUCUACUACUGGGGCCUCAUCCCUCAAACACGUAUGCACAUUGACACUAGCUCUCUGAAAGAAGAUUUCAUGAAAGAUGUCACCAACGAUGUCUAUGGCAAGGUGAAAUGUACGCGUUCGGAUCUGACAAUAUCUGUGGUUGGGUUGCCACAGCUGCCAAAGACUAUGUGCAGCAGCCAUUAUUCUGCUUACCGGCAGUACAUGCCGGAUGCCGCAUUGUAUGCUGGGUUACCAGGCUGCACCUCAAGACCGGAGUGGAGUUGGCUAGGACCUGGUUAGAUCAUCAGGGAGGGACAUGUUCUUUCGCGGCAACUGUGUUCAUAAUUGGUGAGGUUCUCUGCUUGUUAAUGGCCCUAACACGGGAAUCAGGAAACAUGGGUAUUCUAUUUUUAGCUUCCAGAUCAUGUUCUGAGAGUUGCACGAGCGCAGCUGUGCUGAUAAACAUGGUAUCACCGACCAGUAAAGAUGGUAUGACUGACUAGUAAACAAAGAGUAGAGUGUAUAGCAGCGGCAUGGCAUGUAAAACGUAGGUUUGCUGUAUUGGUCAGCAAAAGUGUAAAUUUCUCCUGUGUUGGUCGGUACCUGCUGCUGGAUCCAGAUCAUUCAGAUUUUGCGAUGGUCACUGUAUAGUUGAUUGUCGUGACUCUGUAGAUGUUAAUUUUGAUUAGCAUGUCUUGCUACGUGUUGUGUCUU